AUGCCUAGCAACGUAAUAAAUCGGCCAGUAGCUGUGCAGAAUUUGUACGACCGAACGAAAGGACUCUCAACACUUGCCGACGAACAUUCUGCCUGGAUCGUUGAUGAGCACACCGUUGAAAUAACUCAUCUGGCUGGUAUACAAUCUCUAGAAGUGUUAAAAGUGUGUGUACAUGCCGAGAAGAAGAUGAGCACGAUACGGAUGGCGCUAAAGAUUCCUAUCACAAUUGCUACACUUAUCAUGCUGGUAUCACCCCUGUUCGGCGAUCUACGCACACAAGUCUACAUAAAAUUAUUUAUACUCUCCUUACAAACAAUCUGUUUCAUCUACCUCUGCUCGAUUCACCAGCGAACGGCUUUGCUG